CGCCCGCCCGCCCCCAGGUCUCUUAGGUGAUGCUGCAGCCAAGAUGGCGUCGGCGGCGGCCACGGCGGCCUGAGCGCGAUGCUCCCGGUCCUCGGCAGCAGCGGCGGCGGCGGCUGUGGCCUCGGCCGGGGCCUCCGGUCUCUCCCGGGCGUGAGCGCUCAGGCGACUCUCCUCCGGCCGGGUUAGUCCGGACAACGAGGAGGCGGCCACGAAGAGAGGAAGCAGUGAGAAUCGCGGAGAGAGAGCGACGCCUCCUGCCGCGGCACCAUGGCUGGGCUCAUUAAGAAGCAGAUCCUGAAGCACCUCUCCAGCGAUCCCUGCUGGCUGUGGUGGAGAUUGGUGUGCUGUGAAUUUCAUAAUCAAGGAGUCUAAGAAACCCUGGCAACUGACUACUUGCUUUCACCAGGAAUAGGGACCUUUUGUCUGAAUUUCCUGCCCUCAGAUUUACUAAAAAUUUAUCUCCUGACAAGAUAAAUCUAAGCACCCUCAAAGGAGAAGGUGAACUGAAGAAUUUGGAGUUGGAUGAAGAGGUGCUCCAGAAUAUGUUGGAUUUGCCGACAUGGCUUGCUAUCAACAAAGUUUUUUGUAAUAAAGCAUCUAUUAGGAUUCCAUGGACAAAAUUGAAAACACAUCCCAUCUGUUUGACCCUGGAUAAAGUAAUAAUGGAAAUGAGUACAUGUGAAGAACCACGAAACCCUAAUGGCCCAUCACCAAUUGCAACUGCUUCAGGACAAAGUGAAUAUGGCUUUGCUGAAAAAGUAGUUGAGGGAAUUACUGUUUCUGUAAAUUCCAUUGUUAUCCGCAUUGGGGCAAAAGCUUUCAAUGCAUCCUUUGAACUUUCCCAGCUAAGGAUCUAUAGUGUAAAUGCAAACUGGGAACAUGGAGAUUUAAGAUUUACUCGUAUUCAAGAUCCACAGAGAGGAGAGGUUUUGACAUUUAAAGAAAUAAAUUGGCAGAUGAUUCGAAUAGAGGCAGAUGCUACUCAAAGUUCACAUCUUGAAAUUAUGUGUGCUCCCGUUCGAUUAAUAACCAACCAAUCAAAAAUCAGAGUCACACUUAAAAGAAGAUUAAAGGACUGCAAUGUUAUUGCAACAAAGUUAGUUCUAAUAUUGGAUGACUUAUUAUGGGUUUUAACGGAUUCCCAGUUGAAGGCUAUGGUACAAUAUGCAAAAUCUCUCAGUGAAGCAAUAGAAAAAUCAACAGAACAAAGGAAGAGCAUGGCUCCUGAACCUACACAGAGCUCUACAGUAACCCCAUCUACCCAACAAGCGAAGACACCACAGACCUCAAAUGCUCCGGAUCUAAAUGAUGCAAUUGUGAAAUUAUUCAAUGACUUUGAUGUUAAAGAAACCUCUCAUCACUUGGUAAUUUCUCAUCUAGAUCUACACAUAUGUGAUGAUAUUCAUGCUAAAGAAAAAGAGUCAAAUAGACGUAUUACUGGAGGGGCUAUGCAACUGUCUUUUACGCAGUUAACUAUAGAUUAUUAUCCUUAUCACAAAGCAGGAGAUAGUUGUAAUCAUUGGAUGUAUUUUAGUGAUGCAACCAAAACAAAAAAUGGAUGGGCCAACGAGUUGUUACAUGAAUUUGAGUGCAACGUUGAAAUGCUUAAGCAGGCUGUAAAGGAUCAUAAUGUAGGUUCACCUCCUAAAUCCCCAACACAUGCCUCUCCCCAGCACACACAAACAGAGAAAGACUCAGCUCUGAAAGGGACUUCCAGAACAUCUUCAGUAUUAUCUCAACAGUCCAAAGCUAAGUUAAUGUCUAGCUCUGUUGUCGUUAGACUUGCAGAUUUCAAUAUAUACCAGGUCUCUACAGCAGAUCAGUGUCGUUCUUCCCCCAAGAGUAUGAUUUCUUGCAAUAAGAAAUCCCUGUAUCUUCCACAAGAAAUGUCAGCUGUCUAUAUAGAAUUCACAGAAUAUUACUACCCAGAUGGAAAAGAUUUUCCAAUUCCAUCUGCCAACCUUUAUAGCCAACUGAAUGCACUACAGUUUACUGUGGAUGAAAGAAGUAUUCUGUGGUUAAAUCAAUUUCUCUUGGAUUUAAAACAGAGUCUUAAUCAAUUUAUGGCUGUAUACAAGUUGAAUGACAGUUCAAAAUCUGAUGAGCAUGUUGAUAUUCGAGUUGAUGGCUUAAUGCUAAAGUUUGUCAUUCCUUCUGAAAUGAAAUCUGAAUGUCAUCAAGAUCAACCACAUGCAGUUUCUAUUCAGAGUUCUGAAAUGAUUGCCACAAAUACAAGGCAUUGUCCAAAUUGUCGACAUUCUGAUCUAGAAGCUUUGUUUCAGGACUUUAAAGAUUGUGAUUUUUUCAGUAAAGCAAAUACCAGCUUCCCCAAAUCUGAUGACAAUUUUAAUCUUUUGCACCCAAUCUUCCAGAGACAUGCCCAUGAACAAGAUACUAAAAUGCAUGAAGUUUAUAAAGGAAAUAUUACUCCCAAGUUGAAUAAACACACUCUUAAAACUUCUGCUGCCACAGAUGUUUGGGCUGUAUACUUUUCUCAAUUUUGGAUUGAUUAUGAAGGGACAAAGAGUGGAAAAGGGCGACCAAUAAAUUUUGUAGACUCUUUCCCUCUUUCCAUCUGGAUUUGCCAACCAACAAGGUAUGCAGUGUCACAAAAAGAGCUACAGUCAUGUAAUCAGGUAUCUCUAAAUACAUCACAGAGUGAAUCUAGUGAUCUGACUGGCCGACUGAAGCGGAAAAAGCUCUUGAAAGAGUAUUACAGUACAGAAUCUGAGCCCUUGACAAAUGGUAGUCAGAAACCUUCUGAUACAUUUUUAAGAUUUACCUCUUCAUCGUCAGAUGCAGAUGUUCACGUCCUGGUUCACAUUCAUAGACAUGUCAGUAUGCAGAUCAAUCACUACCAGUAUCUGCUCUUGCUUUUCCUCCAUGAGUCCCUUAUUCUGCUUUUGGAGAACUUAAGGAAAGAUGUCGAAGCUGUGACGGGCACUCCUGCUAGUCAGGCAUCCAUUUGUAUUGGAAUUUUACUUAAAAGUGCAGAAGUGGCUCUUUUGCUACAUCCAGUGGAUCAAGGAAAUACUCUCAAGUCUCCUGUUGCUGAAAGUGUGAGCCCAACGGUUCCUGACUAUUUGCCUACAGAAAAUGGAGAACUUUUGUCUUCAAAAAGGAAACAAGUUAGUAGUGGUGUAAAUCAAAUUAGAUGUGUAACUGCUAAUCACAUGUCGGACAACAGAUCUAUGAGUGUUGACCUGAGCCAUGUGCCUUUGAAGGAUCCUUUGCUUUUUAAAUCAGCUAGUGAUACAAAUCUGCAAAAAGGUAUUUCUUUUCCGGAUUGUAUAUCAGAUAAAAAUUUAGGGAAGAUAAGUGAAGAUGAAAGUAGUGGAAUUAUCUGUAAAAGUGGAUCAGGAGAAAUUGGAUCAGAAACAAGUGACAGAAAGGAUUCCUCUUAUACAGGUUCAAAUGGUGUCUUAAGCCACAGAGAAGAUUCAAAUUUGCUUUCCUUUGAUAAUGAUGGUAAUCAAAACAUACUUUCAAACAGUUUAAGUAGUGGAGGACAUGAAACCAUAGAGUCAGUCUUUAAAGCGGAAGAUUUGCUUCCAGAAACAGCUUCAGUCUCUGAGAACCUAGAAAUCAAUCAAGAAGAAGCACCCACUGUUAGAACAUUUACAUCUCAGUCAUCUUUAAGUGGAAAGCCUAAGGACCGUAUCCCACCCAGUGUGGCUCCACUCUGUGUUUCUUAUAAGAACAUGAAGAGAAGCUCCUCACAGACUUCAUUAGAUACCAUUUCACUUGACAGUAUGAUAUUGGAAGAACAGUUGUUGGAAAGUGAUGGAAGUGAUACUCAUAUAUUUUUGGAAAAAGGUAUUAAAAAGAAUGUGACUACAAAUUACCAGAACCUUGCUGAGAGUGCAAAUGCUAGUGCAAAUCUACAGAAUUUUGGUGAAACCUCUCCAGAUGCCAUCAGUACAAAUUCAGAGGGUGCUCAAGAAAAUCAAGACCUGAUGUCAGUUGUGGUGUUUAAAAUUACUGGUGUUAAUGGGGAAAUUGACAUCCGAGGGGAAGAUAUGGAAAUCUGUCUUCAAGUGGACCAAGUGACACCAGAUCAGUUAGGCAAUAUCAGUCUUCGGCAUUACCUGUGUAAUCGUCCAUUAGGUUCAGAUCAUAAAUCUAUAAUUCAUUCCAAAUCCUCUCCUGAGAUUACUCUGAGAUUUGAGAGUGGGCCUGGUGCUGUAAUACACUCUUUGCUUGCAGAAAAAAAUGGAUUUCUGCAAUGCCAUAUAGAAAACUUUAGCACUGAGUUUUUUACAUCUUCUCUUACUAAUAUUCAACAUUUUUUGGAAGAUGAAACUGUUGCAACAGUGAUGCCAAUGAAGAUACAAGUUUCUAACACAAAAAUUAAUUUAAAAGACGACAGUCCUCGUAGUAGUACAAUAUCCCUUGAACCAGCUCCUGUAACCGUUCAUAUUGACCAUCUUGUGGUGGAGAGAAAUGAUGAUGGCUCUUUUCAUAUCAGAGAUUCUCAGAUGCUUAACACUGGAAAUGAUUUGAAAAAAAAAGUCAAAAGUGACUCACUGCUGCUUACCAGUGAAAAGUAUGAUCUGAAGAAACAACACAGUGUCACUCAAGCCACUCAGACGAGUCCAGAGGUUCCUUGGCCUUCUCAGUCAGUUAACUUUCCUGAAUGCUGCUUUGACUUUACUAGGGAACAGCUCAUGGAAGAGAAUGAAUCUCUUAAACAGGAAUUGGCCAAAGCUAAAAUGGCUCUUGCAGAGGCUCACUUGGAAAAAGAUGCUCUUCUUCAUCAUAUAAAGAAGAUGACAGUUGAAUAGCAGGAGUGGCAGUCAAAAAUUCAAAUUAGAGCUGUGGAGUAGGGAGGUUAUAUUUAUAAUGUUAUGUUACCAGUUAGUGAAAGACUUUCCUUUUCAUGAAAAGACAAUAAAAUAAAAUACAAUGUGAUGAAGUAGUAGACUGUUCCAAAGCCAGUUUGGAAGGUAUUAGGUACGGCAUUACAAUCUUCCGUUUGUGUUUUGGGGUUUAAUCAAACUCUUUUAAACUGGUGUGAUAGAGGGAAGUCAACAAAUACUGUAAAAUAAUCACAUGCCUAAUGGAAAGAUGUCAUUUCCUAAUUUUGAUAUCACAUUAUAGGCACUUUUUAAAAAGAAAAAUGGAAAUCUGUUGUGUUCUCACAGAUUGCUGAUUUUAUUUAUCACUAUUUGUUAAUAAUUUACUAUUAUUUACAAAGAUUCAAAUGCUUUUAGGGCUAAUGUAAUUUAAAAGGAGGCUUACAUUUUAAAUGUUAUUAGAAUUAUGUACUUAAAUCUAUAAUUAUUUAAUUACUGUGGAAAAGUCCAAUCAAGUUAAUAAAUUAUAUUGACUGGGUUCAAAAAUUUGAAAAUCAUCACCCUACUGAUCUUACAAAGUAACUUGAGAGUGUGAAAAAGAAAUCAUUUAAAAUGAUGAAUAAACUGUAUAAGUUAAAGAUAAUAAUUUUCAACUAAAAGGAUCAUACAAAUGUAAAAAUAAAAAGCACAAACUGUAAAAAGCAAAACAUUACAGUAUAUGGCCAGCUGAUUUAAAAAAUAUUACUUGUACAUUCCUUUAAACAGUUAUUGUUAGAAGUAAAAGAGUAAUUUAACAAUCCUAAAUUUGGCAGCAUUUAUAACUAUAAAAAUUUUAAUUAGUACUAUUUAUAUUAUUUAUCUUUUCUCUGUUUAAGGAGGGGAAUGUUUUCAGAGAAUUUUUUUUCAUAUACAUAAAAUAAUUUCAUACCAUUCUUGUAUUACCAUUAGGUAGAUGUUUGCACAUACUGUAUUUAUAAAGCUAGUUUUGAUUAAAAGUGUAUGUGACAUAAAUACUAUCUUCUAUAAUAAGAAUAAUUAGUAAACUUUGAAUUCUAUUUUCUAGGGAUUGUUAAGGUUGAAACCAACACAAGAGAGAAAAUCAUGCGCUAUGAAAUAAGUUUAUGAGUGUUUAAGAAACCGACAUUUUUAAAGAUUUACAAUAUAUUUCUGAUAGAAUUAAAUUAAGUGGGUCUAUUUUAAAAUUAACAUUCUUAAAACAAAUAUAUCCAAGCUAUAACAUGAAA